UUUUUUUUUUUUUUUUUUUUUUUGGCUUCAGUCUUAAAGAUGGCUUAAGUCAUUUAAACCUGAGGCGUUUGUUGCAGCUUUCAUCUCACUGGAGCACUUUGGUGAUUUGGGCAAACUAUGUGGGCUUUUGUACAAGGAAUCUUUCUCUUGUUUGUUCUUACUUAUUAUUUGGAGAAUCCUAAUGAGCCUUGAUUGUGCUCUAGGCUAAUAGUAUCCAAGUGAUUCAGAAUUGUGGGGAACAAUUAUUUUUGAAUGCAUUAUUGCUUUGUCUUCAUUACUGUCAAAAUCUGAAGGGUACUAUUACUGUAAGCUGGCCAUAAUAAGUUUCUUCUGAUUUUCUUUUAAUUACUGAAACCUUACCUUCUGAAAUGUUGGUUAAUGCCAAUUAAGACAGUAUUGUGAGAUAAGUUUCAUGUAGUCUUGUUGAGAUUCCUCUUUGCUGGAAUAAAAUGAAAGAAAAAAAGCAAAGGAAGUUUGUUCGGUAUAGUUUUGCCUUCCUUACACGCUCCCUCAUUUUGUAAGGGUCCAAAGUGCUACAAAUGUUGCGGUUGCUGAUGAAGGUCGCUCUGGGACACGUGUUCUGCGACCCCAAGUAAUUCCUUUUCAUCAAAGGCAUGCAGGACUCGAGUCUGAGGGCUCUGUUAUGCAAACAUGUAGGUGAUGGGGAGCAUGGGAGUUUCUGCGUCAGACCUGAUGACAGCCUUCAAAGCUCCGGAAAGUGGUGAAGCAAGAAGCCCGCAGAGGGGAUAGGUUCUGGUGCUGAAAGGCAAAUGUCCAUGUUACUUGUCAUUGAGUGUAUUUAGCCUGGCUUGUGGGAUUUUGUCAGCGCUGGAUGCGAUGUUUGGGAUUGAGGACCUCCCGGGUCAUUGAGCAGGAGGGAAGGCAGAGCUUCUGGAGCUAAACACGGUAAAAGAACUUGUUUCACCCCAGCAGAAUGAUCUUCUGUAUACUUUAGAAACAGCAGGCCUUCCAACACACAGCAGCGGCUGAAUCAGAGAAAAUAGUUGAUGGUUGCAUUGACUGGUCAGUGGAUCUCAAGACAUACAUGGCUUUGGCAGGUGAACCAGUCCGAGUGAAAUGUGCCCUUUUCUACAGCUAUAUCAGAACUAAUUAUAGCAUGGCCCAAAGCACAGGUCUUAGGCUUAUGUGGUACAAAAACAAAGGAGACUUAGAAGAACCCAUUAUAUUUUCUGAAGUUAGAAUGAGCAAGGAUGAAGAUUCAAUAUGGUUUCACUCAGUUGACUUGCAAGACAGUGGUUUCUACACAUGUGUUCUAAGAAACUCAACGUAUUGCAUGAAGGUGUCCAUGUCCUUGACGGUAGCUGAGAAUGAAUCUGGGCUUUGCUACAACAGCAAGAUCAGAUAUCUGGAAAAAUCAGAAGUUACCAAGAGAAAGACAAUCUCCUGUCCUGAUAUCGAGGAUUACAAAAUAGACAGUCAAGAACCAGAUGUUGUAUGGUACAAGGAAUGUAAGCCAAAAAUGUGGAGAAGUGUUGUAAUUCAGAAGGGAAAUACACUUUUAAUACAAGAGGUCCAGGAGGAAGAUGGAGGCAAUUAUACCUGUGAACUGAAGUUUGAAGGCAAGCUCAUACGAAGAACAGUUGAAUUGAAGGUUACUGCUUUACUCACAGACAAGCCUCCAAAGCCAUUGUUCCCCAUGGAGAACCAGCCAACUGUUAUAGAUGUCCAGCUGGGCAACCCACUGACUGUGGCCUGCAAAGCUUUCUUUGGGUUCAGUGGUGAAUCUGGCCCCAUGAUCUACUGGAUGAAAGGGGAAAAAUUCAUAGAAGAAUUAGAAGGUCACAUUAGAGAAGGUGAAAUCAGACUCCUCAGAGAACAUCUUGGAGAAAAAGAAGUUGAAUUGACCUUGAUCUUUGAUGCUGUAGAGGAGGCAGAUCUGGCUAACUAUACGUGUCAUGUGGAAAACCGAAAUGGACGGAAACACGCCAGCAUUCUUCUGCGCAAGAAAGAUUUGAUCUACAAAAUAGAGCUUGCUGGAGGAUUGGGAGCCAUCCUUCUUCUGCUUAUUUUGCUUGUGACCAUCUAUAAGUGCUACAACAUAGAGUUAAUGCUGUUCUACAGACAGAACUUUGGAGGAGACGAAGCAGCAGACGAUAACAAGGAAUACGAUGCAUAUCUUUCAUACACCAAAGUGGAUCCUGAUGCAUUGGAUUGCGAUAAUAAUGAAGAGGAGCAGUUUGCACUAGAAAUUCUGCCAGAUGUUCUAGAAAAGCACUAUGGAUAUAAGCUCUUCAUUCCAGACAGGGACCUGAUCCCUAGUGGAACCUACAUUGAAGAUCUCACAAGAUGUGUUGAGCAAAGCAGAAGACUCAUUAUCGUGUUAACUCCAGACUAUAUUCUCAGGAGAGGAUGGAGUAUUUUUGAGAUGGAAAGCAGACUCCAUAACAUGCUAGUCAGUGGAGAAAUCAAAGUUAUUUUGAUUGAGUGUACUGAAUUAAAAGGGAAAGUGAAUUAUCAUGAAGUGGAAUCUUUAAAGCACACCAUCAAACUUCUCUCAGUGGUCAAGUGGAAAGGACCAAAAAGCAGCAAACUGAAUUCUAAAUUUUGGAAGCGCCUAGUCUUUGAAAUGCCAGGGAAGAAAAAGGAGGUGGUGUCUCGGCGUCAGGUCCUGGAUUCUGCGGAGCAGGGCCUUUUUGGAGACCUCCAGACUGUACCCUCUCUUGCCGUCACAGGCACUUCUGCCACGUUGGUAGAAUCACGGGCUGAUCUAACUGAUUGCCAUCAAGCAGAUUCUGUGCAAAUGAGACAUUAUUGCAGAGGAUACGAAUAUGAUGUGUCAGCAGCAACACUGCCAAUAGCUUCUAUAAGCAACCAUCAUACAUACUGUAACAUACCUUUGACACUACUAAAUGGACAGCUACCUCUUAACAAUACCAUGAAGGAUUCCCAGGAAUUUCACAGGAACAAUCCAUUGCUACCUUUAUCAGCAAGGGAGCUUAGCUUCACCAGUGAUAUUUGGUAGUGAAGAUCAGGACACUUUUGAGAUGCUUCAUGACUGCCAUGAAGACACAUUUUUAAAGAACUUUGCCCAAACCCCAUGGGGCAUCAAAUCAUAUUUGAAGCAGCGGCACACUUACUUGCUUUUCUACUUGAACUUUUUUGUUUACAUUUACAAAUUAUUGACAAAGAGGGCAUUCUUUUGUAACUCAGCAAUGUCCUUCCUGUCUUUUAAUGUACAGCUUGAUUGCUUCUUUAAAAAAGGGGGAGAGCAAAGUACAUCCCAUCAUUCUACAGUUAGGGAUGGAUAACAGUUUGCUGUGUAUGAUCUCCAGCAUUCGUAUCUAUGUAAUAGUAUUUCAAAUACACUGAAGUUGUUGGGUUUUUCAUAUAAACUUCAGUACAGUUUGGAAUUCCAGUAUCUUAUCAUGCUACAAAAAUUAUCUCCUGCACAGACCACAAGGGGUGAAUCAUUCUCAGUAGGAAGGAGGAGGAAAUCUUCCCGGUAUCAUUGUCUCACAGAUGCAUUUUAGAAGAUGACUAGCUGAAACAGUGCAGAUAAAGCUUUAUCAAUAAAGUGCAUAGUAACACUUACUAAAGAAUAAAUCACCUGCUUGCAUCAGCACCUCUUCAUUUUUUGUUGAGACAUGUUGCAUUCCCAGUGACUGGUUAGCAAUGUGGUUUUGUUAAACAACUUAUUAGGGUAUUGGAAGGUGUUUAGAAGGAUUUAAAACAACUUUUCUGUGAUUAAUAGAUUAUUUCAGACUUAUUUUUGCAGGUUUUUAAUGACAUUUUUAAAAAUGAUUGAAGUAUAAAUUUGUCUGUCUGUGAAUUCAUUGAUUUGAAAUUUCUUAGGAUCUCCUGAGCUGUUUUAAGAUUUGUAGAAAGGCAGUGUAAUUUUACAUAGUAUUUUUUUUUCCAAAAUCAAUAGUUAAAAUUUCAAAUUAACCUUUUUUUUUCCCUGAAAACAUCAGCAAUAGGAAAUCAUUACUACAGCAAUAUUUAGAGGCGAAGUGCUGAAUUAUCCAGGUUUACUAGUAAACUGACUUCAAAUGCAGUGAUAAUCACCUGAGGCAGUUCUCUCUCUAUCUACCUGACAAUUUAUGUCCUUUUAAAAUAUGGCUGAAACAGGAAUAUUUCCACUCUGUGCAACUAGUGAAAAGUGGUAUUUUUAAGAAGCUGGUAAAGUCUUGCAUUUCUUCCAUUUCUUAUGUACACGAUCCCAUCAGUCAAACAAGGACACUCUCAUUUAUCUUCCAUGGAAAGCACUGAGUCUGAGUUUUGUUCGGACAAGGAUGUUUCAUGAGGAUUUCCAGACCCAGCUGAUCACAGGUUCCAGUCAGACCAUGAAGACAUCGUACUCAUGGCAAAAGCUCUAAAUAAUAAAGGCAGAAGCCUUUGGCACAGCUUUAAUGAAAACACAGUAGGCGUGAGAGUUUUGUCUCAGUAAGAUCUGCUGGGGCAAGUCCCCAAAAAUGUUUUUAAGGCAGGCAAUCUUGCCUGUAUUUCAGUUUGUUUUUUGCAUUGUCCUCUUUGAUUGCAUGGAUAAAAGUUAGCACUCUGCACUCAGCUGCCUGUCAUUCCAUCAGCAAACAAGUUCAGUAAAUCCUUAAUGUUCAGCAGUGGUUCCUAAAUUGUACCCUACAGUCAAAGUGAAAACAAACACUGAUAUAAGACUUCGAAGUAUCCAGAAUUGGCCCAAAGGCCAUAAGAACGAUCUCAAACAUGCAAUAAUUCAUAGAGGUCAAUACUUUUCCAUUGCUUCUUUCCCCAGUACUUUAUUCUGUGCCCUCUUACAUCAGUUAUUAUCUGUAAACUUCUCCUUAGGUUCUAAAAAAUAUGUUUCUCUUGUCGCUUUUUCCAGUAUUGUCAUUAUGCAUUUGACACUAACACCGCAAUGGUUCUCUAGGAAAGAUACUAAUUUAUUACACAGUAUAGGACUAUAACUUGCUCUUUUGUGAAGUUAAGUUCAGAACAUAUAGAUAGGUGUUUAAUAUACAUAUUUUUCUACUGAGAAAGAAAGUAAUUUUACCUCCAUUAUAAAUAUAUGUAUUUCAACCUCCUCCCAGAAAUCUAUGAAAUUUGCACUGUUUUAUAAGUGUUACGGACUGUGUUUACACUGGCUGUGUCCUUUAAAGCAAAAUGUAAUUUUGAAAAAGGAAAAAAAAAAAAAGUAAAGAAAACCCUGCAUGAAGAGAGCUGCAUAUGUUUAAAUGAAAAGCUGUACUUUUCAUUAUUUUCCUUUCCACUUUACUUUAGAAUCCGGUUAAUUCACAUAGAAUGUUCAGUGAGAUUUCAAACCUACUAGUUCUGUAUUGAGCAUGCAAACUGCAAAAAAAAAAGAAAAAAGAAAAAAAAAAUCCACGUGCAGAUUGGUCUGCUUCUUUUACUUACAAUGAUUAGAUAUGGAUAGCAAAUUCAUUUACUUGAUGGCUUACUCUUAGAGCAGUAGCUAUUCAAAAGCAAAAUGCAGUCAUGUUUGUAUUGAAGUAACAUGAAAAGAACAGUUUUUCUGUCAUUUUGCAAAGCACAUUGUGUGUCUGUGUAUCGAUAUAUUUUAGUUAUGACAAGUCACAAUCUGCUUUAAGAUUUCAGAGUGUGUAUUGAGUACAAUGACAAUAUAUACAUGAAUCAGAACCGCCUGUACCCCUCUGCUUUCAGUGCGGGGAAGGGACUUGAGCUCAGGAGGCCUCUAUUGUCUCAGCUUUGUGUAGCGCUGCUGUGACAUGCCAGAGGUCAGACAUCACUAUAGGUAUUGAUGAAGGGCCUGGAAAAAUCCUGCCAAGCAGUGAAAUGUUUGUGUCAGUGGGACCUGGGUGGCACGGAGGCCAUCGGCCUGUCCCACUGUAAGGCCAUGAGCAUCGUGCUGUAGCUGCCCUGCAGCUGGAUCAGGGCCAGGGAUGCCAAAACAUUUCACUCGUUCAUACAAACUUCAUUAGCUGAAAUAGAAGGGCAUUUUGCGUUCCUGUGUCUCACCAAAGCCUCGUACUUAUUCAGCUGGAGAUACUGGGGAUGAAGCCGGGGUUCUCCCUUGGCAGUGCUUAUGGCUGUAUCCUGCUCAAAUGGCUGUGCAGCCCCUGCCACCCACAGCCUUUAGGCCUGUAUGGCAGCCUGUGGGAUGGCGUGUAUAACAGCUUGCAGGCCUGUAUGACAGCCUGUGGGCCUCUAUGACAGCCUAUAUGAUGGCUUGUAUGACAGUCUGUGUAACAGCCUGCAGGCCUCUAUGACAGCCUGUAUAACAGACUGUAAGCCUGUAGGCAACCUGUAUGACAGCCUGUACAACAGCCUGACAAGCUCACAAGCAGUAAAGAUACUUCCUGCAGCCGUGCACAGCUUCUGAUUUGGGGCAUGUUCAUUUUAAGUGCUUUGGUUAUAAUGUUUCUUUGGAUACUUAGCUUUGUGUGCGAUAUGCUUCAGAAGCAAUUAUGGUUUGAAGGUUGUAUAUAGAAAUGAGCUAGAAAUUGAAAACCUACUCAGUCUACAGAUUUUACACUCCUAAAGAACAUUCAGAGAGAAGGCAGGGUAAUUUUGAUGUUAGUAACAAGGCAGAGUGAAGAUGGACAGUCGUGGAGGGGGGUGUGGGACUGUGUGCUGAGCCAGUGUUCUAAUAAUCCUUUCUCUAGACACUGAAUGAGAAAGCUGUAUUAACAUAUUGCCAUCUUCUGUCUGCAAAGCCUGCUGUAAAAAUCCUUCAACCAAACAGAAACAGUUCCAUCAAAUGCAGUAGACCUAGAGUAAGGCUAUAAAGCCAAGCUGUACUUUUACUGUGUUCAGGGGAAUAAAGAGAAGACCAAAGGGCCAGAAAGCAGUCUAGAGCAGUCUAGAGACUAGUAAGCAUUUGCUUAUUUAUUCUGUCUCACAUCAAGCUUAUUUUUGUCUCUGUUUGGUACGGAUGUGCUCCAGCACUGUCCAGCCUUGGGAAAGGAAUUUUGUUCAUUUCUUUGUUAUAAACAAGAUAAGGACUUGGGAAUAAAUAAGAGAUACUUUUAGAACAAAA